AGUAGGUAUUGUGGUGAUUUACUGGAUGGACUUUAAGUAUUUAUGUCAUUGACUACAUCAGUGUACAUGAACGGAACGGGGCAAGUGGGCGGAGUGAGCGUAUUUUUCAAGCGGAAUCCGAGUGCGGGCGGUGUCUCCGUCGCGUGGGGCGGCUGCGCGACCACAUCGAGACUCCACUCCAUGCCCGAGCACGACACGUAUCAGCUGCGUCCGCGCGCUGCGCGCAGCCGAGAGCCGCGCGCGCGCCGCACGCCUCAGCCUCUCAGCAAAUACAGGAGGAAAACUGCUAACGCGCGCGAAAGAAGUCGAAUGCGAGAAAUCAAUCGCGCCUUCGAAGCCCUACGCAGAGCCGUCCCGGCUGCUGCCAUCACGGGAGCUCCAAUGCCCUGCGAAAAACUCACUAAGAUAACGACCCUUCGUCUCGCUAUGCGAUACAUAUCAGCUCUAUCGGCCACACUCCGAGAAUCAAGUCCCGAAGGAGACUCAACGCCGAGACCCGAACGAUGGCCAUCACCCUACUGCUCGGAUCUGUCAGAAUUCUCCACGGAACAGGAAUUGGAAACCACGUCCGAGUUCGCAGAGGACUCCCUCUCGCCAUUCGACUCCUUCUUGGCGGAAUUCGAUUACGAUUAUAUUGACAGAACUUUUUCGUGAUAGUGAAGUGUUAAGUUGCCAAUGGACUGGUAUCUUUGAUUAGGUAUUUGCAAUUUUCACUUUGCCAUAAUAUUAAUUAAUUAAUAUAUUUUAUGAUGAUUUUUUUGAAUUAUUUAUGUUUUAAUAAAUUUUCAUUGUUUUUGUUA